AGCAGAGCAUGAUGACAGUCUGUAUGGUUGCAUCCAAAAUGGUACCCUAUGGGGCUUUAAACAGUACAUGGCACCCCAUGCCGUAUGGGGCUUUAAACAGUACAUGGCACCCCAUGCCCUAUGGGGCUUUAAACAGUACAUGGCACCCCAUGCCCUAUGGGGCUUAGAACAGUACAUGGCACCCCAUGCCCUAUGGGGCUUAGAACAGUACAUGGCACCCCAUGCCCUAUGGGGCUUAGAACAGUACAUGGCACCCCAUGCCCUAUGGGGCUUUAAACAGUACAUGGCACCCCAUGCCCUAUGGGGCUUAGAACAGUACAUGGCACCCCAUGCCCUAUGGGGCUUUGAACAGUACAUGGCACCCCAUGCCCUAUGGGGCUUUGAACAGUACAUGGCACCCCAUGCCCUAUGGGGCUUAGAACAGUACAUGGCACCCCAUGCCCUAUGGGGCUUUGAACAGUACAUGGCACCCCAUGCCCUAUGGGACUUUGAACAGUACAUGGCACCCCAUGCCCUAUGGGGCUUUAAACAGUACAUGGCACCCCAUGCCCUAUGGGGCUUUAAACAGUACAUGGCACCCCAUGCCCUAUGGGGCUUAGAACAGUACAUGGCACCCCAUGCCCUAUGGGGCUUUGAACAGUACAUGGCACCCCAUGCCCUAUGGGGCUUAGAACAGUACAUGGCACCCCAUGCCCUAUGGGGCUUUAAACAGUACAUGGCACCCCAUGCCCUAUGGGGCUUUGAACAGUACAUGGCACCCCAUGCCCUAUGGGGCUUUAAACAGUACAUGGCACCCCAUGCCCUAUGGGGCUUAGAACAGUACAUGGCACCCCAUGCCCUAUGGGGCUUUAAACAGUACAUGGCACCCCAUGCCCUAUGGGGCUUUGAACAGUACAUGGCACCCCAUGCCCUAUGGGGCUUUAAACAGUACAUGGCACCCCAUGCCCUAUGGGGCUUUAAACAGUACAUGGCACCCCAUGCCCUAUGGGGCUUUAAACAGUACAUGGCACCCCAUGCCCUAUGGGGCUUUGAACAGUACAUGGCACCCCAUGCCCUAUGGGGCUUAGAACAGUACAUGGCACCCCAUGCCCUAUGGGGCUUUAAACAGUACAUGGCACCCCAUGCCCUAUGGGGCUUUGAACAGUACAUGGCACCCCAUGCCCUAUGGGGCUUUAAACAGUACAUGGCACCCCAUGCCCUAUGGGGCUUUAAACAGUACAUGGCACCCCAUGCCCUAUGGGGCUUAGAACAAUACAUGGCACCCCAUGCCCUAUGGGGCUUAGAACAGUACAUGGCACCCCAUGCCCUAUGGGGCUUUGAACAGUACAUGGCACCCCAUGCCCUAUGGGUCUUAGAACAGUACAUGGCACCCCAUGCCCUAUGGGGCUUUGAACAGUACAUGGCACCCCAUGCCCUAUGGGGCUUUGAACAGUACAUGGCACCCCAUGCCCUAUGGGGCUUUGAACAGUACAUGGCACCCCAUGCCCUAUGGGGCUUAGACCAGUAGUGCACUAUUAUAGGCCAAGGAUAGGGUUCCAUUUUGGACAUAGGCACUGAGAUUGGGUGGAGAGGUUUCCUGCUCUUAAAAUACCAAGCACUGUACUGUAUCACACAGUGAACUCCCCUUUGGAAGGGUAUGCUAAACAAAUUGUGCAAGGUCUGGUCUUUGUAUUUGGGAAUGUUUAACCUUUUAUUUUGGUAAUUAAAGAUGAAUUACAUUAGUUUGA